UCUCGACCGCUCUGCCCUCAGAACCCACAGUUCUUCUCAGCUCACUCGUCAUCAUGCACCCAGAGGAAGUCGACGUCAUCGUCUGUGGCGGUGGCCCCGCCGGCAGCGUUGUCGCAGGGCGUCUCGCCUAUGCCGACCCUACGCUGAAGGUUAUGCUUAUUGAAGGCGGUGCCAACAACCGCGAUGAUCCUUGGGUGUACCGCCCUGGUAUCUAUGUUCGCAACAUGCAGAACGACGGCGUAAACGACAAGGCCACGUUCUACACUGACACCCAGCAGUCCUCUCACCUCCGCGGCCGUCGCAGCAUUGUCCCCUGCGCGAAUAUUCUCGGUGGCGGUAGCAGCAUCAACUUCCAGAUGUACACGCGGGCUUCUGCAUCAGACUGGGAUGACUUCAAGACCGAGGGGUGGACAGCCAAAGACCUCGUGCCGCUCAUGAAGCGCCUCGAGAACUACCAGAAGCCGGCGAACAAUGACACGCACGGAUACGACGGCCCAAUCGCUAUCAGCAAUGGUGGACAAAUCCAGCCUGUUGCCCAGGAUUUCCUCCGCGCAUCUCACGCCAUUGGUAUCCCGUAUAGCGACGAUAUUCAGGAUCUGAACACCGCUCAUGGUGCUGAGAUCUGGGCGAAGUACAUCAACCGUCACACUGGCCGCCGCAGUGACGCCGCGACCGCGUAUGUGCACAGCGUCAUGGACGUCCAGGACAAUUUGUACCUCCGCUGCAAUGCGCGUGUCAACCGUGUUCUCUUCGACGCUAACAACAAGGCCGUCGGAGUCGCGUACGUGCCGUCGCGCAACCGCACGUCAGGCGGCAAGGUCCACGAGACCAUCGUCAAGGCACGCAAGAUGGUCGUCCUCAGCUCGGGCACCCUUGGCACGCCCCAAAUCCUUGAACGCUCUGGCGUCGGCAACGCUGAGCUCCUGAGCCAGCUCGGAAUCAAGGUCGUCAGUGAUCUCCCGGGUGUCGGUGAGGAGUACCAGGACCACUACACCACCUUGUCGCUCUACCGUGUCUCAAACGACACCCAGACCACUGAUGACUUCCUCCGCGGAGUUAAGGAAGCACAGCAGGAGAUAUUCCAGGAGUGGGAGACAAGCCCUGAGAAGGCGCGCCUGUCGUCGAACUCCAUCGAUGCCGGCUUUAAGAUCCGUCCCACUGAGGAGGAGCUCAAGGAGAUGGGCCCGGAGUUCAACGAGCUUUGGAACCGCUACUUCAAGGACAAGCCGGACAAGCCGGUGAUGUUCGGCUCCAUUGUUGGCGGCGCCUACGCCGAUCACUCCCUCCUGCCCCCGGGCAAGUACAUCACGAUGUUCCAGUACCUUGAGUACCCGGCUAGCCGUGGCAAAAUCCACAUCAAGAGCGCCAAUCCAUAUGUCGAGCCAUUCUAUGACAGUGGCUUCUUGAACAACAAGGCUGACUUUGCGCCGAUUCGCUGGAGUUAUAAGAAGACGCGCGAGGUUGCGCGCCGCAUGGACUGCUUCCGCGGUGAGCUCACCUCGCAUCACCCGCACUUCCACCCGAACUCUCCCGCGGCGUGCCACGACAUCGACCUUAAGACCGCAAAGGAGCUUCUCCCGAACAGCUUGACGGUCGGGAUCCACAUGGGCACGUGGCACAAGCCCGGCGACGCGUACGAUCCGAAGAAGGUGCAUGAUGAUAUCGUGUACACCAAGGAGGACGACGAGGCGAUCGACAACUGGGUCGCUGAUCACGUCGAGACGACCUGGCACUCUUUGGGUACAUGCGCCAUGAAGCCGCGCGAACAAGGCGGUGUUGUCGACAAACGUCUGAGCGUCUACGGCACGGAGAACCUCAAGUGUGUCGACCUCAGCAUCUGCCCGGACAACUUGGGCACCAACACAUACUCGUCUGCCUUGCUCGUCGGCGAGAAGGGUGCCGACUUGAUCGCUGAGGAACUCGGCCUCAAGAUUCGCGUUCCCCAUGCUCCGGUCCCUCACGCUCCCAUCCCCACCGGCAAGCCCGCGACCCAGCAGCUUCGGUGAAUGGCUGGUGGCGUAAUUGCUGUAUCCGGUCUUGAUGUUCGAGUACUUCCGCGCGUCUCGUGGUGAUCACUAUGUACGAUUUCUGUAGUUUUAUGAUGACGUGUCCUGUAUCGAAUGUUGUAUGAGUAGAUGCAAUUGUACUAUCGUUCAGCGUGUUUACAACAACCCAAUAA